AGUUCAGUUGCUGCAAUGAGACUGAUAAUUGUGUUUAGCGUGUGUGUGGCUUUAGCAUCAGCCGGCGGUUAUGGUUCUGGUGGAGGCGGAAGUAGUGCAUCAGCGUCCGCGUCCGCGUCAUCGUCAGCAGGCUCCUACGGUGGGGGCGGUGGCUAUGGCGGCGGUGGUGGCUAUGGAGGCGGCGGUGGCUAUGGAGGCGGUGGCCAUGGCGGCGGAGCUGGAUUAGGCGGUGGCCUGGGAGGAGCAUCUUCGUCAGCGGGAGGUGGUUCUUUUGGAGGUGGAGCGGGUGGACCAUUUGGAGGCGGCGCCGGUCAUAAAGGCUCUGGCGGUCUGAUUGGAGGCGGCGGAGGAAUUGGAGGUGAUUUCGGUGGUGGUGGCAUCGGCGCUGGAUCAUCAUCAUCCUCGGCUGAUGCCAGUGCUGGAGCCGGUGGAUUUGGUGGAUCCGGAGGCAAAGGUGGUCAUGGAGGUGGACAGCUCGGAGGCGGCAUUGGCGGAGGUCUCGGAGGCGGCAUAGGCGGAGGUCUCGGAGGAGGCAUUGGCGGUGAUCUCGGUGUUGGAGGAUCUGGGGGCAAAGGUGGUCAUGGUGGCGGACAAGGAUUUGACGGUGGAGCAGGUGGUUCUUUUGGAAGCUCUGGUGGCCUAAUAGGAGGCGGCGGUAAAGGCGGAUCUGGAGGUGUUGGCGGAGGAAUCGGAGGGGAUUUCGGUGGUGGUGGCAUCGGCAGUGGAUCAUCUUCAUCCUCGGCAGAUGCCAGUGCUGGAGCCGGUGGCUUUGGUGGAUCCGGAGGCAAAGGUGGUCAUGGAGGUGGACAGCUCGGAGGCGGCAUCGGCGGAGGUCUCGGAGCUGGAGGAUCUGGAGGCAAAGGUGGACAAGGUGGUUACGGCGGUGGAUUUGCCACAGGCGGUGGUGAUAUUGGAGGUGGCAGUGCUGGAGCUGGUUCAUCGUCAUCUGCAGGAGGCCAUGGAAGUGGUGGAGGAUUCGGUCCAGGUGGUGGCCACGGAAUUGGAGGAGGAUUCGGACCAGGAGGGGGUCACGGAAUCGGUGUAGGAUCCGGAGCAGGCGGUGGUCACGGAAUCGGAGGAGGAUUCGGACCAGGCGGGGGUCACGGAAUUGGUGGAGGAUCUGGACUCGGAGGUGGCCAUGGAGGUGGAGGAGCACAUGCAGGCGGUGGAUCACACGGAGGAGGCGGUUUACUUUUUGGUCCAGGUCCUGUGAUUGGAGGUCCAUUCGGAGGUGGUAAAGGCGGUGGAAACGGUUUAAGUUUAGGAGGUCAUGGACACUUGGGUGGCGGUCCGCUCGGCCUUGGCGGUCACUUUGGCGGCAGCAUCGGCGGCGGCGGUGGUGGCGGCGGCGGUGGCUAUGGAUCUCAUGGAUCUGGAGGCGGCGGUUAUGGCUCGCAUGGAGCUGGUGGCAAAUUCGGCGGCGGCGGUGGUGGAGGUGGAUACGGCAGUGCUUCAUCCAGUGCCAGUGCCACAGCAGGUGCCGGCAGCGGAGGCGGCUAUCAUGGUUAAAUUUCUCAGACUUUGAACAUUAUAAUCAAGUUCCCAUUGUAUUCCGAGUAUUAAUUUAAAUAAAAAUUAAGUCUUUUCUAUAGAUUUUUAUAAAACAAA